AGAUUUAUUCCAAGCCUAAGGUUUUUGCCCAUCUCUGCCUAAGAGGAGACCUAUUCAACUAAAUAGCUACGUAAGCAACUGCUGUACUUUCAUUUUUCUUUAAAAAUUCGGGAAAACGUAGAUAUCGUCUUCUAAAGAAAAUUACAUUUAUAUAAAGGUUAGCAAGGGGGAAGAAGAGUGAGCGCAACAGAGAUUGCGUGACGUAGUACGCGGGCUCGCCGACCGAACUUCAAAGCGGUGACGCUCCACGCAACUCCGCAACCACGAUUGCACUUAGAUCAGUAAACUCACCUACACCAAACCUAUAUUUUCUAUUGUACUUUGCGCAAACAUCCCGAUAGCACCGUUUCUUUCAGAAUAUUUUAUCUUGUCCCCGGUGUUACCAAACUAAAGAUAUCCCGUUCCAAUAUUUCCCAUUCGUCGUAUUCAAAAUUUCGCGUUGAAUAUUACGUAGAACUCUACUAUCCAACAAAUUUCUCGAAUUUUAUGAAGUCGUCGCAUGUCGCGAGAGGUCCUCGUGCGUAGUUGCGCGAGUCGUAGCGUGUGUCCAAGUUGUCCAACGAUCCUCAGCGUCGAGACGGACCAAUCUGGCAUUCGGUCGUUAUCGGUGACCGAUGAGAGCCGUGCACAGCCGACGGGACACGCUGGUCGUGCUGACUUUCGGGUACAUCGCGCGUUCUGUCUCAGUACACGCGCGCCACGCGACCACGAACACGCGCGUGUCUCGUUCGGGCGUUGUUGAUUCCUCCUCUCCCUUUCCCGCCGUGAAAUUUCGAGCAGCCUGUGACAGUGAGCUCGCGAGAAAAGUCAACCGUGGACGACGAUGGCGUCGCUGGGGAACAAAGCGGACGAGCAAGUCGCCAAGCCGCAGCAGAAUGGCCGGUGCAAGAGCGAGGAUCUGCAGCUCGAAGACGUCCAGGACAACAAUAACGAGAGCAUCGAAGUCGAGAUGGUGGUGCCGCCGGAUGGAGGAUGGGGCUGGGUGAUCGUCGCCGCCUCGUUCAUGUGCAAUCUCUUCGUGGACGGCAUCAUCUUCAGCUUCGGCGUGUUCCUGAACGACAUCUCCGAGGCUUUCGCUGUGUCCAAGGCGAGGGUCGCGCUGGUCGGAUCGCUGCAAUCUGGAUUUUAUCUUAUGGCUGGUCCUUUCGUGUCAGCGUUGGCCAACAGGUACGGGUUCAGGCUGGUAACGAUCUUAGGAAGCAUGAUAAGUUGCGGUGCCUUUGUCCUCUCGUACUUUAGCACUUCCAUCGAGUUCCUUUAUAUCUCUUACGGUGUCCUCGGAGGCAUCGGGGCAGGCUUGAUUUACGUGCCGGCUGUGAUAACUACCGGAUUUUAUUUUGAAAGAUGGAGAGCCCUGGCCACCGGCAUCGCGGUCUGCGGCUCCGGGAUCGGUGCCUUCUUGCUCGCACCAAUCACCGACGUGCUCGUCAAGCAUUACGGAUGGAGAGGCGCGUUGCUCUUCCAAGCAGGGAUGCUGCUGAACUGCUCCAUUUUCGGUGCGAUGUUUCGACCACUGAAACCAACGAGGAUCAAAGUGAAGUCCGCUCCAGAGAACGCUGGCUUAGAGAUGAAGAGCAGCUUGAUGGCGAAGGGAUUGUCCACGGCGUCGUUGCACUGCGUCCAACCGACCAGAAACGGUUUCUUCGGCACGAACAACAACACGGAGUAUCCGACUGCUGCCGAGCUGCUAGGCAGCAACCCCAACAUAGUAUACGCCUCCAAGUCCCUGCACUCUUUGCACAAGGUGCACGUGGAGCUGCCUGUGCUCGAGAGGAAGCUGAGCAGUUCCGAGAAGAGGAUGUCCGUCCCCAUAUACCCAGAUCUCGACGUCACCAUGGAUGAGAAGAGCAUCGAGGAAGAGAACAAUCUUCUGGGUGGCGAUGUGGAAAGACUGAACGGCAAAGUGCCCACGAUUCGCAGGCACACGAUCAGCGGGAGACGCCUGCGCGCAGACUCCGAGUGCAGCCAGAAGUCCCUCAAGGUGGGCAACAGGCGGAACAACCUCAACAAGGAUCCACAGCGACCGUUCUACAGGGACGACAUCUUCUACGGAGGAUCUCUGAACAGGUUGCCCCACUACAAGUCCCAGCAAUCGUCCGUGGGAUAUCACAUGUCCGUCACGCGUCUACCAACGGCUACAGACGUUGCCGAAGAAGAAAGCGGAAGCUGCUACCUCUGUCCUGAGAGCGUGAGGCGUAUACUUACCACCAUGCUUGACCUGAGCCUCCUGAAGAGCCCCUCGUUCCUCAUUCUGGCCAUCUCUGGCGGACUCACCAUGAUGGGCUUCUAUACACCCUUCAUGUAUGUCCCAGAUCGAGCCAAGCUGGCAGGUAUGGAGCCAUCCACAGCGAUGUUCCUAGUCUCCGUGAUCGGCAUCGGUAACACGAUUGGUCGUGUCGUCUGUGGCAUGGCCAGUAGCUUACCUGGCGUCGACGCCCUGGUCGUCAACAACAUAUUCAUUAGCACCGGUGGCAUCCUGACCAUGUGCUCCGGUCUGUCGCUCUCCCAGGGCUACCAAUUCUUCUAUGCAGCCAGCUUUGGCAUCAGUAUAUCCGUGUUCGCCUCUCUGAGAUCGAUCCUCGUGGUAGACCUCCUGGGGCUGGAGAAAUUGACCAACGCGUUCGGACUGCUUCUUCUGUUCCAAGGCGUGGCGGCAGCCAUAGGCGCGCCUAUUGCAGGUGUCUUCAUGGACGCCACGGGGAGCUACGACGCCUCCUUCUAUCUAUCCGGAAGUUUGAUCCUCGUUUCAGCUUUGAUCUGCUACCCCCUAAAGAGGAUCAACUUGUGGGAGACGAAGAAGCGCAGCGACCCGAUCGCGGAAGAUCCGUCGAAAUCCUGAUCGAGAGCCGAAUCCGCCGAGACACCCGUAGACUGAAGUCUAUUCCUUUCGCCGUCGAGGCGAUGUGUUUGUACAUACUAAUGCGUAAUAAUUUAUAGCGAGCGCGCUCGGAUCGAUAAUUAAUCCCCGCCGCAGCGGAGUGCAUGCGAUCUACGAGCCAGCCUGAGACUACGGAACGAAAGGUCUUGGAAAUAUCAAAGGCCCAGCGCGUGUUGGAGCCAGUGCAAUAGGCCAGCCUCCGAGUUAGGCGAGUUGCCGUCCAAACGAGACUGCUUGCGUCGUGGACCAAACCCUCUAUCGACGAGGAACGCCUCAACUCUCUACUACAUGCUUCGAACUGGGGAACUCAAUUGAAAGUGUUUCUAUAGAGUUGAGAAUGUUUAGCGUGAGUCAUUGAGAAUGUUCAGGUCUGUUGAGGGAUGUGUAGGUUGUAGGUGAGGAGUGAUUUCUUUUGACGGGUUUAAGAGGCUAGAAUGGGGAGUCAUGCGAUAGAGGGGUAACUCUUUGCAGCACGAAGGGUGGAUGACCAUCUAGGAAAUAGAGAAAAAUGCAGCAUUGUCGUUAGUUCAAGUGACCAUUUUCCCCAGUGACCACUUCCUCUAGUGACCACAUGCGCCAGUGACCACUUACUCUAGCGACCACUUACUCUAGCGACCACUUUUUCUGAUCACUUGCUAUAGUGACCACUUACUCCAGUGAUCGCUGCAACAGUUCACCACCCAGUCCCCACCAGCCUACGACAGCACCACAUUUUUGUACAUCCUACGCCCUGUGUGUCUGUCCCUUUUAUCUUCCACGAGCACAGUCUCAGGGGUACUCAGAUCUUUGGGUACAUUUUUAUACAUCCUACAACCUCCGUAAUUUUUAUUUAUCCUCCUUGAGCACAGUUCCGAGGUUACUCAGAUUCUUGUGCCGCAAAGAGUUAAGCCACGCUCCCACGCGUGAAACGCAGCACACGGGCCCAUCGUCGAGUACCAUUUUAUUCAAUCGACAAACCACUAGCGAGAUUAACAGACGAGAGUGUACAUUCAGUAAGGAGUAAGUUCUUUUUAUCCAAGCGCAGGUUUAUCCGUGCAAAUUUUCAAGUCCCAAUUUGUCGAAGAAUAGUUUUCUCCCUAUUCGGUACAUCAUUCGGUGAUACCGGUUCGCUACGUACAGAGAGCAAUAUUACCGCGUUUCGUCCUGGGUUAAUUGCACUCAUCAAUAAGGCUUAUGUUAAGGCUGAUCACUAUGCCUGGCUUUCCCGAGCCCUGAGGCUAUCAAUCGUUCGAACAGUCCAAUUACUCACUAGUUUAUUAGUACCUGACUAUCCUCUACUGGUUCUUCAAACGAUUAAUCGCGUCGCAUUUAAGGAUCCUCUACCAUCCACUCUGCCAACAACCCUUACCGAUGAGUUCAACUAGCUCCAUAAUAAUGCUCUUUGUACUAUUACUCGUUAAAUAAAAAAAAACUUCUUCGCUCGAUUUUAAUACACCUGGAGGUCCUCAAGAAAUAAAUAAACAAUCCCUCCAUCGACCCCUAAGAGGUCCUGUUUGAAAUCAGACCUCGAGGAGCCUCCAAGCGUGUCCUGCUCGUAGCACGAGUGGAAACGUGGCUUUAGGCCGACGUGGAUUCUCCGUCAGAGUUUUCCACUUCGACAGAACGUUAAUCGCCACGAGACCAGUAUCCAAACGCGUAAACUUCGUUUACGUUCUGAAGCGUUUGCAACCAAGUGCCUUCUGUUGGGUGAUUCCCUCGACGGUUGGUCGAGAUGAUGAGACUGUUUAAAUUGUCUGUCGAGAUAUAUAUACACACAUGUAU